CUCCCCCUCAGGCUGGACGCGGAUCAUCCCGAAAACUACUGGUUUUUAGCACUCUGCAUAAAAUCAGUGUGAGUGUUUCCACAUUGAGACGUGUUAGAGGGUAAAGCUAACUACAGGAUUUGCACUGAGGAAAACUGACCUUCGUGGCCAGGUGUUUUUGAGGAUGGUGGUGAAUUUGGUGCCCUGGACGCUGUUGGUGUGCGUGUUGGGUACUCAGUGUGGUAUAGCUGAUGCCUUCUUUGAGUGGAUGAGGAAGGCAGACCCUGCCCCAGCCCCAGUACCCCCAGCUGCUCCCUCUUCUCAGUCACUUCUGCAGGGUGAAGCUCCACCUUUUGAGAUGAAUGUUGUUGAUGAGAAGUUUUUAGCUGAAGCAAAACAGAUGGAUCUCAGCCCCCUUGACAGCUGCCAUUUUAAAGUUGUUGCUCAGCUAAAGGCUACCUGCAAUGCCCUAUCAGAAGAACAGUUGGCUAAACUAGGUGUGGCUUUGUUUAACUGCCAGUCAGAAGUUGAGGGUCGCCAGACAUAUGCUUGUACUGACGAGAUGUCUAUUAAAGAGUGCACAGCAAACAUGGAUUCAGACACCUGGAAUGCAUAUCAUAUUGUCAGCAAUCGAGCCCGUUCAGUGUGCUAUGCCACACGCCAGCAGCACUUCCGCCGAAAAGCAGAGCUUACUGUGAAUGCUCUGAUUUCUACUGCAACAAACCAGCUUGAAGCAAUGAAAGAUUUGAAGGAGGGCCAGCAAGAACUUCGGGAAAUGACUGCUGCAUCCCUCGAUAAACUGAUGGAAGGCCACAGUGCUCUACAGGUCCAGCAGGGGGUGCUAAAAGAGGGGCAGGAGCAACUGGAUGCCUCAAUCUCUUCAAAUCUGCAGAGGCUGGCUCAAGAGAAGGCCCUCAUAAGUACCGGCCAACAGCUGGUGGCGCAGCUCAUACAAGGAAUUACCCACAGAAUGGAAAAUGUGAGUGAACAGUUGAAAGGCCAAGGUACAGAGGUGCAAGAAGGUCACCGGGCCAUUUUGGAUGACCUGGCUGAAGUUAGAGGCCGUGCACAGGAGAUCUACAGUAAAAUGGAGCUCAAUUUGAAUGGUGUUCUACAGCAGCAGAACACAACUGCCCAGUUCUAUUCUGAACUCAUGGGGAAGCUGGAGCGCAUGAAUGGCACACUGGGAUAUAUGCUGACGUACCUGGAUAGCAUGCAGACCCGGCUAGAAGAUAGAUUGCACAUUAUCCAAGGCUACCUUGGAUGGGCUGGUCUCAGUCUGCGUGCCCUGUGGACCUGUGUGAUGCAUGCUGGGUAUUUCUUGUUUAGUGCAGUGCUUCUGUCCUUCUUGCAAUGUCCAACUUUCUCUCGCGUCUCUCUGCUCAUCACUGUGCCAGUCAACGCCAUCGCUGAAGUCAAUCAGCAGUCAGCUCUGGACCUGGUCUCACUCUCGCUGCUCCUCUUCACACUCUCGCUGGCUCGCUGGUUUCUGCUGCAGUUGCUGUGGAUGGUUUCCAAACUUAAUGGCAAAAAGUGCACCCCUGCUGCUCUCCUGGCUCCUCCUGUUGAGACUACACUGGAGAAAAAAUCCAAACCAGCAUACUGCCCAGCCAGCUCUUCAACCCUUCUAGAUGAUGACCUGGAAUCGGAAGAGCCAUGUCCUGGUCAAGACAGCUUUAUGACUGGUGAUCCCUGCAUGGUGGCCAUGUCUCGAUCUAACGCUUGUUCACCUCCUGAACUCCCUCUUUCUGUGGGCACUUCUAGCCAUUCUACACCCAGACUGAAGACUCUCCUUAGCCACAGAGUUGGUUUUGAAAGCAUCCCCCAGAGAAACUUGGGAGGCGUUUUGGACACUGUGAACCAGUCUCGGAGCUCCAGCCCUAACCAGUCAGUUGCCAGCAACAGUUCAUUCUCUGGUCGUCCUCUGUGUUGUGGGACCACACGCCUGGGACAGCCAUGUAAGAAAAGGGCUCUAGCUGGUCAGGACUACUGUCGGGUCCAUGAGGGAGGACACUCUUCCUAUAAUCGCCUCUGAAAUGCAUAUUAAAUCAUCCGGUUCCCUGUGUAGCAGCAGCGAGUUUACAGAGGAUGUGAUAUUUUUAACUAAUGUACUCACUUCAUCCCUUUUAUUUGUAGCCUUUUGUAGUCAUGGCUUUCUUUUCACCCUUUCUGUCUGUAUAAAAUGGUGUGUAUAUGGAAUUUUAUUUAACAAUAAAUUAUUACAAUGCUUA